AUGGAGUUUAAGGUUUCGAAGAUAGUUAAGAGCUUGGGAAGAAGAAGAGUGUCAUCUGUGCGGAAGUGGUUUCAAGCUGAUAGGGGACCAGAUUUGUGUAUUGGUAAAAGGCUGUGGAAAACUGUGACUCCGCCAAAAAUGCAAUUCUUUGGGUGGUUAGCCUGGAGGGGAAGAGUAAAGACUUCUGAGUUUUUACAUAAGAUUGGGGUGUUGGAUGAUCAGGUUAGUGUCUUGUGUCCUCUUUGUAGUAAUGCAAUUGAAUCAAUUAGUCAUGUUUUACUUCAUUGUCCAUUGGUUUGGAGGGUAUGGUCUGAUUUAGUAAACUGGUGGGGUAUGUGUUGGGUGAUUCCAUGUACAGUUGAAGAUCUGUUACAAUGGUGGGUUGGGGUGAAACUCAAGAAGAAUGAGAGGAAACUAUGGAACUUGGUGCCUAUUGUAAUGUUGUGGUCAGUGUGGAAGCUAAGGAAUGAGAAGGUGUUCUCUGGAAGACCUCCUAAUUUUGUUGAGCUAGUAGAUCUUGUGAAGUCCAGGAUAGCUUUCUGGGCUUAUAGCAAUAUUGUAGGGAUGCAGUACUCUGUUCAAGAUAUAGUGAUUAACUUACAUCAAGUUAGACAGUGUUUGGGUUAA